GAGAGCUCCAUGUAACACAGCGGGUUCAAAGUGGAAAGGCUGAGGAAUGGCAGCCGGCAGCCUGUGGCGUUGGCGCUUGUCGGAGCGGCGUUUAUGAGCGAGCUGUCCGGAAGCCCUUAGCAUGCGGGGUCUGCUGAGCUCCUGACAGACGUGCGGUCCUAUCAGAGCCCGAAUCAUGGCGCUGUUGUACGAGUUGGUGUGGCGGCUCCUGCACUGCCUGCUGCAGCUCCAGAGAGCGGCCGCCGCCUGGAUCCGAGGCCGCGUCUGGAGGCGAGGCGGGCGGCUGUGCAGGAGAGCCGCGCUGCGGCUGCCCGGAGCUCUGGGCUUCAGCACCCAGAAGAAGACCGCCAAACCCCGCCGGGUCCGCUGGGUAGCGGACGGCAAGGCUCUGGAGAAGCUGCCCCUUCACGUGGGCUUACUGGUGGCCGAGGAGGAGCAGCAGUACACGGACAUAGCCAACCUGGUGGUGUGGUGCAUGGCGGUGGGCAUCUCAUAUGUCAGCGUGUAUGAUAAUGAAGGUGUCUUCAGGAGGAAUAACUCCAGGCUAAUGGAGGAGAUUAUGAAGCAGCAACAGGAGCUCCUGGGCUCAGAAAGCUGCAAGUACUCACUGGAAUUCCUAAACAAUGGAACAGAUCCACACGCGCUGUUGUGUCAGACGGUGGUGAAGGUGUUGUCUCCAGAUGAUGGGAAGCUCCGUAUUGUACAGGCAGCACAGCAGCUGUGUAAGGCUGUGGAGAAGAAAGAGAGGACAUCCAAAGACAUUGACGUCACUGUGCUGGACUCUUUACUGCGAGAGUCGAAGAACGUCCCAGACCCAGACCUGGUGCUGAAGUUUGGUCCAGUGGAUAGUACGCUUGGUUUUCUGCCUUGGCACAUUAGAUUAACAGAGUUCAUCUCUUUGCCUUCCCACAAAGACGUCUCUUACGAGGACUUCCUCAGUGCCCUGCGGCGCUACGCAUCCUGCGAGCAGAGAGUGGGGAAGUGAGCCAACCUUCACAGUGGAGAACAGAAGUGAAGGAACACGGCAGAGAGGAGAAGAGAAGAGGAGGAGUGGGUGAUCCCUCUCUCUUUCGGUUUACAGUACAAGCAGCAGAGCAGCAACAGCAUCCAGACUGUACAUCUUUCCACACAUACACACACACACACACACACACACAUACAUGGCUCGCUCCAACAUCUGUGACUGUGUGGCUCUGUGUGAUUCUGUGAGAAUGUGACUUUGGGUGUGUGUGUGUGUGUGUGUAUGUGUGUGUGUGGGCAGUACCUGCGGGUGUGUGAGAGCUGUGCAUGUGUGUCUUUGUCCAGUAGUUGUGUUUGUUUGUGUGCGUGUGAGAGCCUCUUCUGCUGCUGGGUGUAUUUAUUAUACAUCCUGCCAAGGUGACUGAGCAUGGAGCUCCAUCCACUGACCUAAACAAGGUCCAGCACUUCACUGCACUACAUGGUCCAGACUCGGAGCGGCUCCUGUAGCCCCAGGACUGUGGUCAGUGCGGUUUAAGGACCUAGUGUAAAUCUACUGUCUGCACUGUCCUCUGCUGUAGGCCUGAAGCAGUGUGACUACUUGAAGCACUGUAGUCUGGGACACGCUGAACUUCACGAUGGAUUUACAGCCAUCCAUCUCACCCGGCAUGUCUCUCCUACGUCUGGAGGACUCAUUAAGGACUUCCGUAAUGAAGCUAAUGCAUUUCCAAUAGUCGUGCUUCAAGCUAGAGAGCUGCUUUAAAAAAAAAAAAAAAAAAAAAAAAAAAUACGUGUGCAGAUUGGAUCCCACAUGUGUGGCCUCUGCAUGGGAAAAUGUGAACAGUUUUCAAUUGCGCUGGGUAUGAUUGAGUAUGUUGGUUUUGUGUGUGUGUGUGUGUUCAAUCUGCAAAUGAUUGUACAAAAAAAACAUGACCAUAUUCUACAAAUUCUCUGGAUUGUCAUCAAAGUUCUGUAUGUUCAUAAUUAUUUGCUAUUUUUUUUAAUUGAUCAAUUUUUUUUUUUUUUUUAACUACAGUUUUUUCCUCUAUUUAUUGCUCCGUCCAGUAGUGCAGUCCUCACUUAAAAAAAAAGUGUUCAGUUGCUUUGCUGUCUUUUUUUUUUUUUUUUUUUUUGAGGACGUUGUCUUUCACAGAUACGCAGAAGAUUUGUGGUGAGAAACACUACAGACUUUUAAAGCGUACUGCUAACCACAGGGGCUUGAUGAAGCCGAGCCUGUUCUAAUGUCACUAGUCUUAACACGAGCAGUCUGUCAGUAUGUGUGUUCACCACAUAGGAGGGUUGGUACAGUAGUGUUCAGUGUGAAUGCCCAAUAAAUGUUACUGAAACCUGAAACAGAAA